AAAAAUGGCGUCCACCCCGCGGCGAAGGCGUGGCUACCCGUUGCCAGGGGCAACCGCCGUCCAAUGAAAGCGGCGAAGGCGUCGCUACCCGUUGCCAGGGGCAACCGCCGUCCAAUGAAAGCAACGUGGACGAGAGGGUGCUCCAGAAUGUCAUCGAGGCCUGAGUGGCUGACCGGGCUGGCCCAUCGGGCCGCCCCACCACGUCCCCAGCCGUGCAACUCUUCGCCGGCACUGACCCGUGGAGGGAAGCGCGAGUCCAGCGUGAGCCCCAGGGCCGUGACGCAGCUCCCCGUGGCCAAGACGCGGCGGCUUUGGCACUCAAAAGCGGUCUCGCGCCACAACAGGGAUGAUGGCAUCAAGUCUGACAGGACCGACAGCGAUUCAUGCAGCUACACGGAUCCGAGUGGCCUUGAGGAGGACGAGGAGGGCUUCUGUGACGAUGAGAGGCGUGCGCUGGACCGUGCGGCGGUGCACGAGGACUCGGGCCUGGGCUCCAGCGUCACUGACGACGGCACGGUGUCCCGUGAGGCAGGCGGCGAGGGGUUGGAUGCUCCGGGCAGCUCUGUCAGAAGUUGCCCGGGAUCGGACGCGAGCGUGGCGGCGUGGUCCCGAACAUCCGUGGACUUGGACGACUCUCCCUUCCUGCCGGCUGUGACGAGCAGCUGGAAGCGAGACGAGGACUCUGCGGAUUUGGCGAAAUCCGGCCGACAUAACUUUGCUGCAGGGGAGCGUAACACCCUGGAUGAACUUUUGGGCAAAAAGGCAGAGGCCGUCGAAAGCGGCGUGGGCAUGGGGACAGAAUGCGGUGGUGCCGUGGGCACGCGGCGACCGGACGUGUCCGGCCACGUUGCCCUCCCCGACGCCAGCUUGUUCUCGCCGACUACGGAGAAGCGAGACUCUGGAAUCAGACUCACGCCGAACUCCUCCAUCCUCGACUACGGCGACGACGGCGACACGAGCGGCCGCGACUCUCUGGAUGGUGCCCGCGCGUCAACGUCGCUCUCGCCGCCAUUCCUGAAGACGCCGCAGCCAAACCGCAGGGGCCGCGAGCGCGGCGCCAGUUCCGUGUUCCGCACGCCAGUGACGGCGCUCGCGCGCACGUUCAACCUGGACCCGUCAUCCCCCGGCGGCUUGCGGUGCUCUCCCUCGCUGGGCGGCAGGGACGCGGUGCCAGGCUCUCCCGCGGUCGACGACGACGGCAGCUUUCGCUGCGUUUUCUCGGAAAGGGGCCGCGUCGUUACGGAGGGCGGCAACGACGCGGAUGAGCGCAGCCUGGACGGCUCGGGCGACGACCUCACGCCGGACCUGUGGCCACGUAGCCGCAGACUGGGCCGCUUGCAGAGCCCCUCUACCAUCCGCGAAGGCGGCUCCCGGUCGGACGUCGAUGACGGCCGGGCGAACGUACAGGUGGCGCGGCACGCGGAGGAGGCGGCGGCGGCGUCCGGGUCGCCGAGCUGCCGUCGAGUGGUGAACACGCGCAGCCAGCGGAGGAUGGUCACGGCGAGAGACGGCGUCGCCAGUGCCGCCUUGAGAAACGCCGCCGUGCACACGGCGCCCCCGUGCGUGUCGCGCCAUGCCACGCCACCCACGCGCGCUGGCGUGGUGAGCGCCGAUGCGGUGCUCACGCCCGCCCUGAGGCUGCAGCAGGAGGUGGCGUGGCGGUUCUGUCAGGGCCUGCAGGAGGCCACGCCUGUGGGGGCUUCGGGUCGAGCAUCGACGUCGGCGUGGAGGCACAGCCCGGCGCAGCUCAACGACGCGAUGAAGCAGGCGCUCGCUUCCGUGCCCGUCGCCCUGAGGGAGAGCCCCUCGCUCAAGCAACUCAUUGGACGUGAGAUGGGCUGCAAGUUCCUCGACAUAAUCGCCGCGCUGGAGGAGAAGGGCCUCAGGCGCGUGGUGUGCCAGCUGCUUGGCUACCUGUCGGCGGCGGACCACGACAGGUUGUGCCAAGUGAGCGCAGUGUGGCGCGCUGCCGUGGACUGGGGGCGGGCGCUGAGGCUCUUGACUCCCAAAUCGGUGCCCGUGAUCUGGCACAAGGUACGUGUGGGGCCAGUGAGCGUCUACGACUCCAGCCGCUUGGUGUGCGGCCACGCAGAAGUCACAUCAUUUACGAGAACGUGCCCAACCCGUGGGCAGGGCGACGACGUGGCUGACGCACGUUGGCACCAGCCGGUGCCCAGGGGCAGUCCCUUGGCACCGUCCGGCCAAAGCCUCGCGACGCCGUCGCCCACGAAUGGGCAGGCAGCGAGCAGCCGAGCGAGCAGCCAGCACGAGCGCUUCGUGGCGGUGGGCCUCACGCUCCACAGCGACGAGUCGCUGCGCAAGUGCCCGCGCUGCCAGUCUCCGGCGCGCUUGCGCCGCGCGGAGGAGCGGGCGCUGUGCACGCGGGAGUCGUGCGCGUACGACUUCUGCGCGACCUGCUGGUGCCCGUGGCACGGGUCACGCCCGUGCAGUCCCGCGCGGACGGCGCGCCGGGGGCCGUCGGAGGCGCUGCCCGGCACCAAGCGGAGCAAGCGCAACCUGAGGCGGCUGUGACGCGGCGGGGCCCGGGGGGGUUGGUGGCGGUGGGGAGGAGGAGAGCUGCCAACUCGGACGUUUCAUUUCUUCCGCCGAGAGAUGUUUGAAUGUGCGCCACACCAGUUAUGGUCACGACCCCCGCCACCACGCCCCCCCCCCACCGCCCCCCAACCUGGAAACGCCUGUGGACACCUCAAGUCGACCGGGUUAGGUCGAUGGACUCGGUGCCUGCAGUCGCCUUCGUGUUGUCGGCCUCUCAACGAGGUCACUGGAUACUUUUAUCGAAGACUAGGUGAGAGAUUGAGAGGAAUGCCUCUAUUGCUAGUGUGACCUGGGUAAGCGACAUUAGUUUUUAAACUAAAUACAAAAGUCAGUCCUAAAGGAAUGAGUUUUACAUUUAGAAAUGAAAGAACAUGGGAUCCAGCUGCUUGUGAGAUCCCUUCAAGUGAUCUCCUCGCCACACGACCAGCACGCACAACACUUCGCUAUCGCACGUCCUGCUGUACAGAUGUUCAUCGUAUGCCGAUCAAACCGAAAUGUUUAAUUCUCAGAGCUGGAAAUUUGGAAGAUUAUGUGAAAAGCCAAAUAUAAUGAUGGUUUUCGUGCAUACAAUGUGUUAACUUACCUGUGCUGUGCAUUAUCUGAUGUACAUAUCAGAUUAUGAUGGCAAACGCGGUUAAAUGAAGUGAAUACCAAGGGUUCGUGAAUUUCGAUUCGACCUAUGAGAUGGUCACCUCCUUUCGCCAAAUAGGUUCAGAAGGUGGCAUUUUCGGGAAGAAGAAGAAAACACGAGGCCUUGUGGUCUAACGAACGUGAAUAUGACGUGAAUCGCAGGCUGCGUAUGUACGCACGUGCCCGCGUCUCUCCUCCCAUCGCGUGGCUCGGCUCGGGAUGGAGUUGGAUUUUAAAGCGCGUCGCUGAAGAAUUCCUGGCGCCGACGUGCGGAGGGGAAGUUGUCCGCGUCGCCGCGAAUGCGUUGGGCAGCUAGCGCCUCGUGUGCACUGGACAACGGACGGCACAUCUGUCGGCGCGUAUUGGUGAUGCUCGCGGGAUGACAGACUGCACGAGCGCGAUCAACAAACGCCGCCUUUGCGCGCGAAGCGUUACGUGGAAUGGAACGGUGCUGACACGGCUGUCGUUUCCGUCGUGGCUCCUUCGAGCACGGAGGAACAUUGGGAACGUUUGUCGUCUUGCCACUGAAUACCGUCACUUUAUUAGGAAGAAUGUGUUGAUUGCAGUCGUCGAAGUGUUCUCUGUCAUUGCCUCAAGGCCAGUUGGUGGGUUGGCCGCAGUUGGUGAGAUGUUAGAAGGUUAAGAAACUUGACGGUGGCCACCCGCUUGGCACGGUGUUACUCACGGUCGUGCAAAGCAGUCGUGGUGAUUACCCAGCGGUAGCCGGCGAUGAUCUCCUUAAGAGACAGCCGCUGUCACAGUAUGCAGGCUGCGUGUGGACAAAGCGAGCGGCACUGCACACGGUGUUACAAAU